AUCAUGCCUGAAGUUGAUUUGGUGUAUUCUAUCCUCCACAUCCUCUCUGUGGGUUUAGUGGAUUCAGAGAUAUCUAAUAAGGAAGGGGUCCUUCUGGAGUUUUAAGGAAACAAGCUCCUUAGGGUCGUGGAUGUGGAAGAAGCUUCUACAGCUCAGACCCUUGGCGAGAGAGCUAACCAAAAUGGAAGUAAACAAUGGGUCGACGACGUCUUUCUGGUUCGAUAGGUGGUCUCAGUUGGGAGUUCUGAUCGACCUAGCUGGAGAAAGGGGUAGCCUGAGGCUUGGCAUCUCGAUGAACUCAACGUUUGAGAGUGCUGUGAAUACUUACCGAAGGCGAAGACACAAGAAUUCUGUUUUGAUGCAAAUUGAGAGUGAGAUUCUAAAUCUUCAAGAGAAAGGUCUUCGCCAAUGUGAGGAUAACUGUCUUUGGAUGCGUGAAAAUGGGGAGUUCUGACCGGGGUUUAUAAGUGCACAAACUUCGAAUCUUACAAGAGUGCAUGCUCCUCGUGUUUCUUGGUUCAAGGGGAUUUGGUUUAAAGAAGCUACACCAAAAUACUCCUUUAUAAGUUGGAUUGCAGUCCAUAACAGGCUAUCUACUGGAGAUAGGUUGCUCAGGUGGAAUCCUCAAGCAAUCUCUACUUGUUGGCUUUGUAGUGCUGCUACAGAAACUCGGGAUCACUUAUUUUUUGAGUGCUCUUUCUCUGCUGAGGUCUGGAGAGGUACGAUAAGGGGUUUGGAUGGCGCGGUCUCCUCUGUUCACUGGCCUACUCUGUUACAAAGACUGGUGAUAGGAUCGCAAGACUAUCUUUCUACCUUUCUCUUGCGCUAUUGUUUCCAAGCAACAGUGUAUGCAAUAUGGUUCGAGAGGAACAAGCGCAGAGUUGGAGAGUCUCCACAAUCUGUUGCUCUACUUCUCAUCUUUCUGGACAAGUUAAUUCGCAAUAGAAUCUCUUCAUUGAGGAAGAAAGGGGGAAACAAUAUGAGAAGACCAUGGAGAUAUGGUUUGGAAGUAGCUAAACUUCUAAUUCUUUCUUAAAAACUUCUAUAGGUUUCUCUUUUUGUACAAAAUAGCAUUAGGUUGUACAAAGCUUUUUUGAAGUGAAUAAAAUUUAAAAUUCUUUCAAAAAAAAAAAAAACAAACUUGAUGUUCUGUUUGUAGACAGCAAGAAUUGUUCUCUUCAUCUACAUGUCGUAACCAAUCUGUUGUCUUAAAGCUUAACUAGAUUUUGACCCGCGCUUUAUAUCAUUUUUAUAAAUGUCUAAUUACAUAAAUACUUUCAUUAUUAUAAUAUAUUGAUGAUAUAUGUUGUUUAUUUGAAGAUCAAAAUGUGUUACUCACUUACUUUAUACCGUUCUUACUGGACUGACAUCGGUUUGGACCAUGUUCUUACGAUAUAUUUUUAUCAUAGUCUAAAUUUAAUAUUUGAUUUUAUAAAUAUUUAUCGUGUGUUUAUUGUAAAAUAACACAGAGUUUUAUAAAUACAUGAUAAUUUCUAAUAAUAUAAGUUUUAAAAUUUUGUGCUCGAUUUAUUUAUAUUUGAAGUUUUUAAAAGAUAUGUGUAAAUUAUUUAUAUAUUUAAUUGUUAGUUGGAAAAAGAAAAUUUAAUAGUUAUUUUAUAUGUUUAAACAUGAAUUUUUAGAAAAUAGUAAUUAUGUUUUUGUAUUGGGCUCAAAUAUGUUUAUACAUGUUAAGUUUUAGAAAUUAUCAGACGUAAGAGCCCGUAUGAAAAAAGAUUAAUCAGCGUAUUGGGCUCAAAUAAUGUUUUCGUAAACUUGACCCACCCAAGUCGAGUACUUGGUCAUUUUUUUUGUUGGCCAAUUUAGUACUUGGUCGUAAAGACCGUUUACGUGUUGAAAUAAAAGAACAGAAAGGAAAGAAAGAUAAAAAAAGGACAGAUUCUUAACCGAUGAUCAAAUCGUUCCCCAUGGUGAAAAUCAAAGAUAGUCGACUAUUGCCUGAGUAAAUAACAACUCAGAAACUCGAAAUCAAAAGAUCGUAACAUGCAGAUGAAUCUGUUCUUAGAUCUGAAAUAUUAUGAAAGGGAACAGACGAUUACCAUGCUAUCAUCAUACGUCGGGGAUUCUGCAUAAAUCUGAAGAAACCUGAUGGAAACCACGAGCAAGAACAGUGGUGGAUUCAUUGUCUGCUCCGGCUGCAAGAGAGGAAAGGAUAUAUAAUACUACAACCGUGAAAGAUAAGUUCCUUUAAACAAUUGUAAAAAGAACUAUUUAUUUAAAUAGAAAGUUCUUAGACUUUUAGUCUGAUAUAUUCUGUUGUAAUAAGUAGACAGUAACAAACGCUUACAUUCUCAUCAGCCAAGAUGAAUUUUAUGGUUUCCCUUGAUAGUUGUAUGUUUUGUUUUCAAGAGUGUAGAACCUUCACAUGAAUAAACCAUGUAUUUUUCGAGGGACUCAAGUCUUUAAUGACAGUAACUUUUUCGUAGAAGUUUUCGUCGUUUGAAUUUGCAUGUUUGAAGCCAUAGUUUGUUUGACGGUGUGGGUUUGAAUAGGAAUAGGGCGUUGCCUAUUUAUAAUAAUAUCUAUAUGUUAAAGGGAGAGGUGCUUAGGUUAUAGGAGAAACUUGGGGAAUACUCUAAAUCGUAUCUAACCAGAUUGUGUAAACUUUAUUUUCGAUAUCAUUUAUGAUUACUAUUAGGCAAAUUCGGUUACCAAUUUCAAACCUAAGAUAUUUUCUGUGUGUUCGUCACAUUAAUUUUACUUCAAUCGUAUAAUCUUGUUAGUGAUUGAGCACCGUGAUUUUAGUUUAGUUAUAUUAGGGACCGUGAUUUUAGUUAAAUCGUAAAUUCUUGUUUCUAUAUAUUCUGUUUUAAAUUUAUUGUAAGCAAAUACGCAAAAAAAAAGGAAUGAGUUAGAGAAUAUACUUGGAAUUGAUUUAGUUUCAAAGGGAAAUUAAAUUAGUGGCUGUUUAAAAGUUCAAUACAAUUAUAAAACCAAAUUAUAUAGAACUUUAGAAAUCCACAAUUUGUUAAAUUCAGAAUAUACUGUAACACCUUUGGUUGAAAAUCGAUAUUCAUAUUUUUUGGGAUUAUUAAAGUGAUAAUACAAUGUAAAUAAUUUAUUUUAUCGACUUCAUAAAUUAAAUUUUAAAUAAGUUGGAAUGAACUCCAAUGUAAUUUGUACAUCGGUAAAAUUUUCUUACAUACGUUAUAGACGAAUGGUUCAUGGGCUUAAUAAGUUGGGUUUACACUUCACACGAAAUAGGCUAAAAUUGUUGGGCUGAAAUGGUGGUGAUAUUUUGAUUGGUCAAGCUUACUCUUGUUUCUGAUUGGUCGAGUUAUAAAUGGUCGUAAUUCAUUUUUUUUAAAAGAAAGGAAGUGGCAUUCCCUUGUAAUUAACUUGAAAAACUAAGGGCAGAAUCCUAGUAAAGAUUCUGUUUUAAUAGUAUAGAUUGAUAGAUUGAAUGUUUGGAGGAUGAAAAGGGUUAGCUCAAGACUAAUUAAUUAUAUAGCACAACUGAUAACGUUAUAAAUGAACGAGCCCAUUGCAUAUUUAGCCCAGUCGAUUUUAAUAUAAAAUGUGAUGGAAAAACUCUCGAGCAUGGCUAGAUUAUAUUCAAGACCUAAAAGAAGCACCAAAUCCAAAGUAGAGCAGCCACCCCCGAAGAAGAAGAAGGAGGAGAUGAAUACUACUACAGUCUCCACCAGGGCUAGCUUAUGUUCAAGACCUAUAAGAAGCACCAAAUUAGAGCAACCGCCGCAGAAGAAGAAGAAGGAGAGGAAUAGUAGUAGUGCAGGAUGGUUUUCACUACAACUAAUUCCAGAUGAGAUCGUUUUGAAUUGUAUAGCACGCAUCUCUAAAUCUCAGUACCGUUCACUCUCCUUAGUCUCCAAGACCUUCCGCUCUCUCAUCUCUUCCCCAGAGCUCUACAGGGUUCGCUCCCUGAUCGGAAACACAGAGCCUUGCCUCUGCAUACGCCAAGAGUUACCCACUCAUGAUCGCUGGUACAUUCUUGACCAAACUCUGGUAACUAGUACCAACAGUAAUGGUUUGAUUAAGGAUGAGUUUAACUUAUUACCUAUCACCACUUCGUCCUCUUUAUCAAAGUCAACCACUUUAGCCGUCGGUUUCGAAGUCUACCAAAUGGGAGGCGACCAGCUGCCAUCAUCCACCGUUCGUGUGCUUGAUUUUAGGACUCGCACUUGGCGUGAUGCUCCUGAUAUGGGGGUAGCAAGGAAACGCCCCGAGUCUGCUCUUAUAGACGGCAAGAUAUAUGUAGUUGGAGGAGAAACAAAGGAGUCCUCCUCCUGGCCUGAGGUUUUUGACCUAAAGUCUCAGACUUGGAAUCCAUUGCCUAGCCUCAAUGAUGACGACAAAGCUGAGGUUCAGCUUCGUAUAGGAGAGCUAUUGGCCACCACAAGUAACCAUAAAAGGUAUGCGUUUGACUCCAAACAAGGAACAUGGAAGGAACAACUAGCCCUUAUGGAACCACUAGGGCUUUCUUAUAAUAGGAGUGGACCUUGGUGCAUUAUAGACAAUGUAAAGUUUAGUGUUUUUAAGCGCAAGCUUAUGUGGUCUGAGCGUGGAAACUGGUUCAGUGUCAAGGGUUUGAAAGAUGUGUGUACCAAGCCUCAUGUUAACCACCAUACAACAAUUCAGUUAGCUAACCAUGGUGGUGGAAGUAUCCUAGUUAUAUGGGACGAGCUACAUUCACUCGAGUUUCCAGUGGCCGGGAAGACGCGGAAACAUGUCUGCACAAACAGGAGAAUUUGGUGUGCUGUGAUUAAGUUGGAGAAGCGCUUCUUCGGAUUGAAGUUUGAGGUUUGGGGGAAGGUUGUACGGUCGAAUGCUUUGCUUACAGUCCCCAAAUCAUUCAAGUUAUUAAGCUGUGUUACCCUUUAA